GCUACGCCUGUCCAAAUUACAAAACCAAGCAAGUACAGUACGAGGAAACGAAUCGACUAGCCUAUUUUUUUUUCGUGGUAUUUGUUUUUUCCCCCCAUUUAAGCGGUUCCCCGUACACGCUUAUGGCGUUAGUCUAAUCUACGAUGAACUGUGUAGCGAAGACUACUAACGUUAGUUAUUUUUAAACGAUUAGCUAAUGUUCAGCUGGCAGGUUCUCAACGCUAUUUACCUACGAGCUAGCCGGCUAAUUAAUCGUAGUAUACAACAUAUAAGGGGCUCACCAAUGGUUUACAUCUUGUGGUGAACCCUCUGUAUUCACUCUGGUGAAGUCUUCUCUUGAUUGUUGACUUUGACACACAUACACCUACCUCCUUGAUCUGGCCAACUGUUGUGAAGGGGUUUUUCUUCACCAGGGAAAGAAUUCUUCUGUCAUCCACCACAGUUGUUUUCCGUGGUCGUCCAGGUCUUUUGGUGUUGCUGAGCUCACCGGAGGGGAGCUGAAGACACUGAACAUGAGUGUGGAAGUGGAGAGGAAAUUUCUUUGUGGCCCAGACAUCCAGAAGAAAUUAGGAGAUAUUGGAGCAGUGUGCGUUGGCAAGUGCCGAUUUCAAGAUCAGUAUUUCGACUCCCCGGACUUCAUUCUGACACUGAACGGUGUGUGGCUGCGUCGUCGAGAAGGAUGCUGGGAACUCAAGUGUCCUGUGACGGAGAGAGCACAGAGACGGGAGGAGGAGGGGGAAAGGCUGUGCACUCAAUACCAAGAGAUAACCCUCCUGCCCCAGAUCAUAGCCGCGGUGAGAGAGGUCAUGGCAGGGCAGCGACGCGACGAACGGAACGCGCAGGUAGUUCCGAAAGAACGCAAGGAAAGCGACAGGCGAGGACAACAAGAGGGGGAAGAAGGGAGGCCAGAGGCCAGCGGGGAAGUUGAGCCGAAAGGCCCCGGUAACGGUCCCGACGACAAGCCUGUGGACGCGCACGGCGAUGCUGAAGAGCGCGCCGCAGCAGGGCUGGAAGGUUCCGGUCAAUGCUGUGCAGAAGAUGGCGGCGACCUGGCCUGGCUGAGGGAAAUGAACCUGGCGCCCUUCGCCGAGUUCACUACCGAGCGCUGCUCGUUCUCUCUGGCCGGCGGGGGCGAAGAGGGCGGGGUUCGCGUGGAUCUCGACCAGGCCGACUUCGGGUAUUGCGUCGGAGAGAUAGAGGUUCUGGUCCCGGAUGAAAACGAGGUCCAAUCCGCGCUGCAGAAGAUACAGAGGACCGCUCAAAGACUGGGUUUGACUGAUGACCACAAGGUUAAAGGAAAGAUGCAUGUUUAUCUGCAGAGGUAUCGCCCAGAGCACUAUGCAAAGUUGCUAGAGGUCCAUGUAUUGUAAGAGAUACAAGAAUAUGAAGCAGUCUAAUCUACUGUAGUGGUUAAGGUACAUGACUGGGCCCCGCAAGGUCAGUAGUUCGAAUCCCAGUGUAGCCACAAUAAGAUCCGCCCUUGACCCUGCGUUAACCCUGAAAUCCAGCGGAGGAUCGUCUCCUGCUUCGUCUAAUCAACUGUACGUUGCUCUGGAUAAGAGCGUCUGCCAAAUGCCAUUCAUGUAAUAUAAUAAGCAUAAUAAGCAAGGUAUCACAUUUCUGUGUUAUCAUCCAACUAUGUCAAGGAAUAAUGAUAUAUCAGAUGAUAUAUCUUGUGAAAUGUAUAAUUUUUCAUUAAAACCUGCUGGUCGAUGAGGUGCUCGUGGACUGCAUGUCGAAGCUGCCUCUGACAGGUCAUCCUCUAACUCUGAGAAGCUGCUGGAGAUGCCACGCGUUCCAGAGGAGAACCGCGGAUGCCGGUGGACCGGUUUUAGUUCCUCACUAGGAUUCCACAAUAAAAUAUAAAGGCAAAAACAGCCCGUCCAAAUUCAUUGACUGUCUAGAUCAGGGGUCGGCAACCCUGGUCCUGGAGAGCCGCAGGGUGUGCUGGCUUUCGUUGUUACUUAUUUACUUAUUGUUGCUUAUUUUAA